AUGGUUUCAAGUAGCCUAACAAAAGCAACUGCAAAUCAAAUAUGGCUUUUGUUCAUAGACUUUUUUAACUUCCACAAAUGGUUUCCCAAUUUGUCUACUUGUUAUGGGGUCCAAGGUACUAAUGGCGAGGUCGGUUGCAUACGCUAUUGUGCCGGUUCCUCGUUACCUAAUGAAGAUGGUGGUGUUGAUAAAGCUAGUUGGUCUAAGGAGCGGUUAGUAGCUGUUGACCCAAAGCAAAUGUCCAUGAGCUAUGAGAUGGUUGAUUGCAACGUUGGGUUUAAGUCAUAUCUUUCGACGAUCAAGGUGGUUUCAAAUGGUGCUAAUGGGUGCGUGGUUAACUGGUCAUUUUCUAUUAACCCUAUUGAAGGGUUAACAUAUGUAUAUUUGGUCGAAAAGUAUCAAAAUGGCCUCGAUCAAGCUACCAAGAAAAUGGAGGAUGCCUUGUUUUAG